ACUUUGAAACCAUAAAACCUUUCACUUCAUAAACCUCAUCGCCCAUUCACAAUCGCACUGUAUCGUACUUCAUACCUCAUACCGCUUCUAAUCAGAGUUCAUCUCACACGCUCCUUCGACUUUCCACUUUCCUACUCUUCCAUUUUCUGCCAAAAAGAUCCAACGACUCCCUUUCCAUCCGUCGUACCGACCAAGAUUUGACUCCAACUAGCCAAGUAACACGCGCUCAACGACCAAGACGACGAUAGCGCCAGCGAGUGACUCUCGCAUAUCGACCGCACUCGGCAUCAAAGGCAGGAACCUGAAGGGCAUCGGAAACGCGCUCAACUCUCGAAAUGGCAGUAUCUUCAAUUCAGGACCGAACCAACGAGUUCAGGUCCGUCCUCACACAAGUUCAGAAACGACAAGCUUCCUCCAAGAUAGGAUCGCAAAGACAGCCGCUCCUCACAGAUGCACAAAAGGCCAAUGGAGGAGUAGAUGGGGAUUCUAAGCCACACAGGUCGGAGUUUGCGAGGAGGGCAGCUGAGAUUGGUCGCGGAAUUGGGGGAACGAUGGGGAAGUUAGAGAAGCUGGCGCAACGUUAGUAACCUGAAAGCUCCUUUAUUUCUGUCCUAGAAAAACAGUAUGGGUCGUAAUAUUCAACGUACUGACAAACGACUGCAGUCGCAAAACGAAAAACCCUUUUUGACGAUCGACCGGUCGAGAUCAACGAGUUGACCUUUAUCAUCAAACAAGACCUGUCCUCCCUAAACCAGCAAAUUUCCUCUUUACAAUCACUAUCUAGAGCGCAACAUCCUAAAGCAGAUCAACUGGGGGAACACAACAAAAAUGUGGUGUUUAUGCUUCAGGGGAAGCUUACGGACGUAUCGGUCAAUUUCAAAGACGUUCUAGAGGUCCGGACCAAGAAUAUCCAAGCAUCUCGAUCGAGAACAGAAAAUUUUGUCUCCUCCGUAUCCGCAAACACCGCCCCCGCAAUAUCACAAUCCGCAUCUCCCUUGUACAGUACACCAAAUCGCGGUUCACCCGGUCCGGGACAAGAUCUCUUAUCAUUAAACCCGAUGGGAGAUCAACAAUUAUUAAUGAUGGAGGAAGCACAGCCGCAAAACCAGUAUAUCAACCAGAGAGGGGAGGCCAUAGAGGCAAUAGAAAGAACGAUUAGCGAACUCGGUGGGAUUUUCGGACAAUUGGCAUCCAUGGUUUCGGAACAAAGUGAAAUGAUUCAACGAAUCGAUGCGAAUACGGAAGACGUGGUGGAUAACGUACAGGGUGCUCAGAGAGAGUUACUCAAGUACUGGUCACGGGUGUCUGGCAAUCGCUGGUUGAUUGCAAAGAUGUUUGGUGUACUCAUGAUAUUUUUCUUGUAAGCUUCCUCUCCCCUUACUUUUUGAUUACACAAAGCACAUUCACUAAUUUUGAUGAAAUAGACUCUGGGUUCUGAUAGCAGGAUAGACCUGUUGAAUAAGACUAGUUUUGGGGGUCUGUAAUAU